UGUUGAGUGGCCUCCCCUUGAGGAAGUCUCUACUGUUUUUGCUGCCAAGACGACCAAGUAUGCUGUCAGUUAACUUUACCGGAGACCGAGAGGAGUUGUUUAUGGCAGAUUUCAGAUUGUAAAGAUCAAGAGCAUGGAAGCAGACAGGGAAAACUUGGAAGUGGCAGGUACAUGGAAAAAUGGGCCUGGGGUAAGGUAUGCAUCCUCCUCCAGGAGCAGUCAACGGUUUGACUCUCGCCUCUGCACACCUGUUAGUCGUACCGGUGAGGAGGAGGCAGACACUCUCCAGCAGAAACACAAUGUCACUGUUCCCAGCCUAUCUCAGGAUACCCCUCAGGCACAAAAUAAAACCAAAGCAAAGAAAAAGAGAAGGCAGAAGACAUUUAGCUUUGAUGAUGACCGAGAGCUAGAAAAAAAGAGACAGAAGGAAACGGAAAAAUUCCUUCAAAUAUAUCAAGAUUUACACAAGAUACGUGACCAUUUCUAUGAUGAGUAUAUGAUGGCACUGAGAAAGAAGAUUACCCAACAGCAGAAAGAUAUUAAAGAAAGAGAUGCUGCCAGAGAGAGAUUGAGACAAGCCAAACUGCAACAAGAGAAAUUGCUGACUCACCAGAUGCAUAAGAAACUAGAGCGCCAUGAGUUCACCCACGAUGACUCCUUCUUGAAAAAAAUACCCAAGACACAGUUGUUUAAGAUUGUUCAGUUAGAAGAUAAACUGAGGAAAAAGGGAACACUGAAGUAUAAUUGUGAAGUGGAUGAAUUCUGGACAGCAAUUCGUAAAAAUCCAACAGUCUUUAAUUGUUAUUUGGAAAAACUGAAUACCGAUGGAGGGUCACAGUCUUUGUUCCGUAAGCGAUUAAACUCCGCCCAGAAGGAAGCCCUGGACAAACUUGGUGAGGAAUGGCGGAGUCAGCCUUCUGAGAGUGUCACACCGCGGUCCACCCCUGGGCGCAAAGACAGCUGGGCCAUCACACAAAUGUACCCACAUCAACAAAAGCGUCCCUCUACUAGAAGCAGCAGAAGAAGUUCUAAUGCAUCUCCUUCAAAACAAGCGGCAAGUGACCUUGAAAAACGCUGUCCCAAGAUGGUGAUGCCAGACUUGUACUGUUUUAAGAUGGAUUUGUCACGGAAAUUACCUGAUCCUCUGGAGAUGCUUCAAAGUGCUAAAGUCCAAGCAAAGGAUCAUGAGAGAAAAAAAUAUCUGAGAGCUCUUCACAAAAUGCAUCAGUUGGCUGUCACUCACCAAGCUGCCUCUGAUAGGAUACUUCAGAGUCACAAGGGAGAUCUGGACAUGAUGUAUGGAGGACCUGACAUCAAUGAUGUUAUUGAUGUUAACUUUGCGGUUGGUCAACCGGUCAUUGUGCCUGAUGACACACAGUCUGAGGGAGUGUUUACCUCGGAGGAAGUUACUGGCAGUCUUGCCCAACCCUCGGUGACAUCCUCCCAUCCCCUAAUGGACAACUCAGAGGAACAGGAAAAAGACGUUGUUGUUGCGGAGGAUUCGAAUUACCUAGCUGCUCUGCCUGCCCCACCCAAACCUACACCCCUCACACUGGAAGAAGUCAAAGACAGCUGCAAAGUUGUUGAAGCCCAAUGUAACAGUGUAUACUGGAACAACUACCUGCGGGCCGGCAAGCCAGUGUCCAUAUGACGUCAACAUUUAACCUGCAUCAAAGACCACUAGUCUUCCUGAACCUUCUCAUUCUUAUAUACACUUUAUAGAAGUUUUUCCUGGUGUAUGUUUACUGGCUGAGUAACGCAUUU